CUUGGCCCUGCCAUCCUCAAGGAACUUGUCAUCGCUGGAUUCGAAGUUACUGUCCUGGCCCGAUCCCCCGAGAAGACAUUCGACUCGAAGGUCAAAGUCACCCAGGUGGACUACAAUUCCCAGAAGUCUCUGGAGGGUGCUUUAACUGGCAAAGAUGCACUGGUUAUUACAGUCGGUGCCGUUGGACUUGAGCCCCACGUCAACUUGAUUAAAGCUGCCGUCGCCGCCAACGUGAAGCGCAUUAUCCCGUCGGAAUUCGGCUCGGAUAUCACCAACCCAAACGAGGCUGCUCUGCCAGUAUAUGGCGACAAGGUUGCUGUUCAGAAGCAGCUGAGCCUGUUGUCUACGAUGGUGGUGAUAGAAAGAUCAGCAUGA